GUCAGAAGUGUGAUAGAACGAGUAGCCCAUUUUCUGGAACGAUUGCCAGGGCCGAGGUCAUUUCUUUGUUGAGAACAUUCAUUCCCAGUUUCUUGCCGCAUCAUGGCCAAGUUGGCUAUGAAAUUCAUCUUGCUCAUCAGUGUGCUUGUCCUGUGCUGUGGCUGCAAUGUUGAAGGUACUGGUGAUAGCUGUAUGGUGAGGAGAAUGCUGAAGGCUGGUGUUGCACAGCGCAAAGCACUGCAGUACGAGCAACGUGCUCUCUUGGCUACGAUGUCGGAGGCCAAUGUUGCUGAUACACCCGUCAGUGUGCUGGAGUUUGUGUUCCAAUCAUCAAGAGCUGAAGCUAGUUCCAUUCAACACUGCAUAUUACAAACAUCUGAAGUUUGCAAGACCUUCUCCCCCUGUCUCAAUGGUGGUCAGUGUCAGUUGUCGCUGUCCAAUACGUCAUACGUAUGCAAGUGUCAUCCUGACUUCACUGGGGACUAUUGUCAGACACCUCACCCAGCUCCAUUGGACGAGUUCAGAAGUCUACAGGACAACGUAACCAAGCUGGAGAAGCUGCUGCAAGACAGAACAUUACAGGACAAAGUAACAAAGCUGGAGAAGCUGCUGCAGGACAGAACACAGUAUCUGGGCACAGGCUGUAAUCUUCGAACUCUUGGAUAUAAGUAUCAGAGUCGGCACUCUAUCAACAAUGACAUGGAUGAAGGACUGAUUGCAUCCGUGACGUUUAGGAAGAAGUAUGCCAACACUGUACUGAAGUUAUCCUAUUCUGGCGAUAUACGUGUACUUGUAUCAGGCGGUGAUGCACGUUGGCACUUCAAGAUCGACGGCCAGGAAUGUGCCAGACCCAGUAAGAUUGAUAUCGUCAUGUACCAAAGUUCCAGCGGUGGUAUCCACGUCCCGUCUUUACUGACCGGCGUAUGUGAGUCGACUGCCAGCAAUGGAGCCAACCUAGCAGCUGGACAUCACACGAUUGCUGUGCAUGUUGGCAGAAUUCCGGGUCGUGGCAAUGGAAAUCCAUACACAGGUUGGCUGUCCAUGUCCAUUCUCGAGAUUCAAGAAAUGUGUCCACAAUUUUAG